UGAGUCUGAUCAUUUGGUGGAACGUUCACUUCAGGCUUACAGCUUGCUGCUCUCUCGGUUGAAGAGUAAAUCAAAUCCAUGGAAGCUCUCUCGGUUUACAGCUUGCUGCUCUUCAUUUUCAUGGCCGCAUUGGCUGGCUUUCGAUCCAUACAUUGCAGCGUGGCUUAUGACAAGAAGGCCAUUCUCAUCAAUGGCCAAAGGCGGAUUCUCAUUUCCGGUUCCAUUCACUACACAAGAAGCACACCUGAAGUGUGGGAGGAUCUCAUUCAGAAGGCGAAGGACGGGGGAUUGGAUGUAAUCGAUACCUACGUCUUCUGGAAUGUUCACGAACCUUCUCCUGGCAAUUAUGAUUUCGAGGGGAGGUACGAUCUGGUACGUUUCAUAAAGACGGUACAGAGAGUGGGCCUUCAUGUUCAUCUCCGCAUAGGACCUUAUGUUUGUGCAGAGUGGAAUUUUGGUGGAUUUCCCGUUUGGUUAAAAUAUGUACCUGGAAUCAGCUUUAGAACUGAUAAUGAGCCUUUCAAGAUGGCAAUGCAAGGGUUCACCCAGAAAAUUGUACUAAUGAUGAAGAACGAAAAGCUAUUUGCCUCACAAGGUGGCCCCAUUAUCCUUUCACAGAUUGAAAACGAGUAUGGGCCGGAAGGUAGAGCGCUUGGAGCUGCUGGUCAUGCAUACAUUAAUUGGGCGGCAAAGAUGGCUGUUGGACUGAACACAGGAGUGCCUUGGGUGAUGUGCAAGGAAGAUGAUGCUCCUGAUCCUGUGAUAAAUUCAUGCAAUGGUUUUUAUUGUGAUUACUUCUCCCCUAAUAAGCCUUACAAGCCUACAUUAUGGACAGAGGCUUGGAGUGGCUGGUUUACAGAGUUUGGUGGCCCAGUUUAUGGUAGACCUGUCCAAGAUUUGGCAUUUGCAGUUGCUCGCUUCAUACAAAAGGGUGGUUCAUUUUUUAACUAUUACAUGUAUCAUGGUGGAACCAACUUUGGACGCACUGCUGGAGGCCCAUUCAUUACAGCUAGUUAUGACUACGAUGCUCCACUCGAUGAAUAUGGCAUGAUCAGGCAACCAAAAUAUGGGCAUCUGAAGAACCUCCAUAGGGCCAUUAAGUUAUGUGAACAUGCUUUAGUUACUUCAGAUCCUACAGUUACCUCACUAGGAUCCUAUCAGCAGGCUCACGUUUUCUCUUCGGGACCUGGAAGUUGUGCUGCUUUUCUUGCAAAUUACCAUUCAAGUUCUGCAGCUAGAGUGGUGUUCAACAACAUGCAUCACAUUUUGCCUCCUUGGUCAAUAAGCAUCCUUCCCGAUUGUAAGCGUGUUGUGUUCAAUACUGCAAAGGUUGGAGUUCAUAUUGCACGAACCCAAAUGUUGCCAACAAUUUCCAAGUUGUCAUGGGAAACUUAUAAUGAAGAUACAUCUUCCCUAGGAGAGAAUUCAAGAAUGACUGUUGCCGGCCUCUUGGAGCAGAUAAAUGUCACUAGAGAUGCCAGUGACUAUCUUUGGUACAUGACAAGUGUUGGCAUCAGUUCAUCAGAAGCAUUUGUUGGAGGAGGACAGAAGCCCACUUUAACUGUGCGAUCAGCUGGCCAUGCUCUCCAUGUUUUUAUCAAUGGACAGUUCUCAGGCUCGGCUUAUGGAAGUAGGGAACGUCGAGAAUUUACAUUUACUGGCCCUAUCAACUUACAUGCUGGGAUGAACAAAAUUGCUCUACUCAGCGUCACAGUCGGCUUACCGAAUGUUGGGAUGCAUUUUGAGACAUGGCAAAUGGGUAUCCUCGGUCCGAUUUCGAUAAGUGGGCUUAAUGAGGGAAAGAAGGAUUUGACAUGGCAGAAAUGGAGUUACCAGGUAGGCUUACAAGGAGAGGCAAUGAAUUUGGUCUCUCCAACCGAAGCUGCGUCUGUGGAUUGGAUAAAAGGUUCUCUUUCUUCACAAGCUCAGCGACCAUUGACUUGGUACAAGGCUAAUUUCAAUGCGCCAGGAGGGAAUGAGCCAUUGGCUUUGAACUUGAGAAGCAUGGGCAAGGGCCAAGCAUGGAUUAAUGGACAGAGUAUUGGAAGAUAUUGGAUGGCUUAUGCAAAGGGUGGCUGCAGUAGGUGUAGUUAUGCUGGGACAUACAGACCUUCCAAAUGCGAACAUGGUUGUGGGCAGCCAACCCAACGAUGGUAUCACAUUCCUCGAUCCUGGUUAAAACCAACCAAUAAUGUAUUAGUGUUGUUUGAAGAACUUGGUGGCGAUGCGUCCAAAAUAUCACUUUUGAGGAGGUCUGUGACUGGUGUUUGUGGUGAGGCAGUUGAACACCAUGUGAGAAAUGAAAGUUACAUCAUUGAAAGCAACGAGGAACCAGAUUCGUUUCACCUGCAAUGUAAUCCAGGGCAGGUCAUAUCAGCCAUAAAAUUUGCAAGUUUUGGAACUCCUUCUGGAACUUGCGGAAGUUACCAAAAGGGAACUUGCCAUGCACCAGAUUCUCAUGCCAUAUUACAGAAGAAAUGCAUUGGGCAGGAGAGUUGUUUGGUGUCAGCAACCAGAGACAACUUUGGAGUAGACCCAUGUCCUAAUGAAUUGAAACAGUUAUUAGUUGAGGUCGACUGUGCCAUAGCCGAUAUCAAAGGACGCGGUUCGUGAGAAAAGUUCAACAGCCAGCAUCCUUGCUCCUCACCAGCAUGCUGUUCUAUGUUGUGAAGCCAAGGUGAUUUAACUUACUGAUUGAAGAUUAGUUUCAUUGAUCAUAUGUUGCAUUGCAUAUUAAUUUAUAUAUGAUAGGCAUGUGUAAGUUAUUACCAUUAGAGGAACUCAUAAGCCCUGUAAAUGGGAAGGUUCGAGCUCAUUACAUUGUUUUCUUGAAAGAUCAUGAUAGCCAUUUGCCCCAAAAGUCCCUAUUCCCUUGGCCUUUUUAUUA